UUCAGUUCGCCGCUUCGCCGGGCGGGAUUUCCGCAGUAAUAUCAAGUAUGGCGAAGACGUACGAUUAUUUGUUUAAAUUACUGCUAAUCGGGGACUCGGGUGUCGGGAAGACCUGUGUGCUGUUCAGGUUUUCAGAAGAUGCGUUCAACUCGACGUUUAUUUCAACAAUAGGCAUUGAUUUCAAGAUAAGGACAAUAGAGCUAGACGGCAAGAAGAUAAAGCUACAAAUAUGGGACACAGCUGGCCAGGAGCGCUUCCGAACAAUCACAACAGCCUACUACAGAGGAGCCAUGGGCAUCAUGCUUGUCUACGACAUCACCAACGAGAAGUCAUUUGACAAUAUCAAGAACUGGAUAAGGAAUAUAGAGGAGCACGCGUCAGCUGAUGUGGAGAAGAUGGUCCUCGGGAACAAGUGUGACAUCAAUGACAAGCGGCAGGUGUCCAAAGAGAGGGGAGAGAAGCUCGCAUUAGAGUAUGGAAUCAAGUUCAUGGAGACCAGCGCAAAAGCAAACAUCAACGUGGAAAAUGCGUUUUUGACACUUGCUAGAGACAUCAAAUCGAAAAUGGAUACAAAAUUGGAGGGCAACACGCCGCAGGGGAGUAGUCAUGGAGUUAAGAUCUCAGAGCCACAGAAAAAGAGCAGCUUCUUCCGCUGUAGCCUACUCUGAGGAAAGGCCUUCGACCCCUGGCUGCCAGCAGGCUGGACAUAACUGGACUGUGCUCGCUCCUAGCACUUCCUUUCCCUUCCCUCCCCCUCUCUCCCUGUUCUGGGCCCAUUCUCCCAGUUCACACAAACCAUCAUACUCCCAGCAAGCGGAGGGCUUCCCCUCCUCCCUUCCUCUCCUGAAGGCUUCCGGUGGUGCAUCUCUUCCAGCUUAAGGAGAUGUAGCAUCUCCAUGGGUGAGACUACUUGACCGGAGGAGGACUCUACCAUGGUCAUUGUCCAAACAUUACAUAUCAUGCAAAGACAGCCUCUUCCUUCCAGUUUUGGUCUCUUUACACCACACGUCCAUUCUUCACUCAACACGGUAGCACAACUGUCAAAAGUGGAGCCUCAUUUACAUGGAGAAGUCGUUGAAUUAAUCUCAAGAUUUUGGGAUUGGACUACAGAUGUGAUAUUUAGAUCUAUUUUUGUUAGUGCUCUUGCCCAACAUUGUGGUAACUGUUAACCAGAGAUUGACUGGCUUGAUAUUCAGUGAAACAGAGCUGCUGCAUGUGUGAAGUAUGGGCACACUUGGAUUUUUAUUUCAGGAAAUGGCAGUUCAGGAUCAUAGAAGGAGUAAGGCAGUCAGGAUCAAAGAGUCGGUUUGAACAUGCAUCUGUUUGGGUGCUGCUCUUUGGUUUGCUUGUAGUCCUUGACAAUCAUUUAAUGUGAUUAAAAUGCCUCUUUCAUCUUCCCCUGACCACUAGUCUAAUUGACACUUAAACUUUUUGUAAUAAUUUUCAAGUGCUUAGAGGCAGAUUGGCAGCAUACAAUGUGGGACUAUGAUUCAUUUGUCUAUUUAGAUUAUUUCUGCAGCCUAAAGACGGUCAUUCUGCAGAACAUUCUUAAUUUCAUAAGACUAAGUGACAGUAUUGUAAGUGCACAAUAAUAUUUGUACAUACAUGUGCCAGCAUAAUUGUUUGUGCUCACAUUGAUUGGUCAGCCCUUUGUAAGAGCAUUAUUAGGACAUUUUGAGAAGUACUCACGGUAUAAUACAAAUUAUUUUCCUUACAUUAAUAUACUCAAUGUCAAGUGUUGCCUUGCCCUUAAGCUAACCUGAAUGGAGAUACAAGUUGCAUCCUUGUAGCAGCUCUGUUGCAUGUUUAAGCUAUAUGACGUUUCUGGUAACAUUAGCAGCAAUUGAAAUUUUGUUCACUCCGAGGCUUCUUGCUGACAUGUCGCUGUGUGAGCAAGCCUCCCCUCGUAUCCAUGCAAUUCUCCUUGCACUUUACCAAUAACUUGUGUUUUGUGUGUAGUCUGUGCCAAGUGCUAGUUUCGCAAUACCACAAUACAAACAUUUUACUUUUGGAAGAAAAAAAAAAAUAUUUCUGAUCUGUGCGAUCAAGGUAAUGGUAGAUAUAAUGGGCGUAUCUAGAUAAUCCCUAAAUUUUACUUCACCUCUUUAGAAAUGACUUGCUCUCUCUUGCUGUUUCACUGCUGGGGUUCCACUGUCCUGCUGUUAGUUCACUGAGAAAAAUGCCUGCAAUUUGAUUAGCCACUAAAACAAGAAUUUUCAAGCUUUUGGUUCUGUGCUACAUCCCUGCCAAAUUGUAGUUUACAUAAAAUGUGGAAUUUUCUUGGCUUAUAAAGUCAAGACGGGUUUGACCAGUGUUUCCAAAAGGUUUCACUGGUGUUAUUUUACAUUCUAUUAAUGCAGGUUUCAAUGUGGUCAGUCACUUGUUUGACAGCUAGGUGGCACCUGUGGCACUGUUUAAAAUGUAUGUUGCCACCCAAACUCAAAUUUUAAACAGUAUUUUUAAAAAAUGCAUACAAGGUACUUAGACCUGUGUGACAUAACUACCCUCUGCUGAUAUUUAACAUGGAUGCCGAGUCUUAAUCUGUUUGCAUUCUUCUUCAUUUUUCUUUCCUUCAUGUGUUGCUAUUCUGAAAGAUUAGAUCAAAUGGGGAUCCUGUUUUUGCCUGCCUGCACCUUUUGAUGUCUGUUGGGACCUCAUGAUCAUCACAACCAUUUGUCUUAAUGGCGAAUACUCAGUUCUUUCUCAUAAUUGAGCUAUGCAUUGUGAAACUUGGACCUGUUUUUUGUGUAAUGUCACUUCCAGACAUCUGUAUGGACCCAUACAACUGAAUGUGUGGGUGUUAUUUUUGUUUGCUGAGCCAAAAACAGGACAUGCUCCAUUUGUAGUAAAUUUGUGCAUUGGUACACCAGUGCAGGUUAAAUUUUGGUUGAUGAAGACUGUUUAGUAAGAGUAAUUGAGACAUUCAGAUGUACUGCUUUUUUUUUUUUUUUUAUUCCAGUGAUAGCUUUAAAUCAAAUAGAAACAUAGGAACCAGACUUCGGUGGGAAUGCACACCCCCCUUUUUUUUUUAUUACAUUUCAUUUUUUAAGGUCACCUUUCACAUCAUUUACAUUACUUUUUUUUACAAUCAGUUUCAUUCCAUUGAUUGUGAAGUACACCGGGAGAAAAUUUGAAAAAAAAAAAAAAAUUGAAAAAGAAAAAAUGUUGUAAAUAUCACAUUACAAAAGAGAUCUA